AGUCCAGGAGCCGGGGAGCGGAGGGGAGUUGGGAGCAGACGAGAGGGGGCUGACAGCGGAGCGGAGCCUGGCCCAGGCAGCCCCACGGCUGCCGGCCGCGGCAGCACCUGACUCUGGGACACGGCCAGGCGGCCACCUGUGAACCCAGGAGCCCCAGGGAGCGGAAGCCUGGCUUUCUCCAGGGACACCCUCUGGGAUUGGAAGCGAGCCUCCACCGGGGUCCGGGUACAGAGGCCCUCUGACCAGGCAUAUGCACUGACCCACGGGCUGGCUGUGGCCAGGGGCUAGAGCAGCCCUGACCUGCAGCCCCGGCGCUGAUGAAGUACGUGUUUCAGGUGAAACUUUGGGAGAGGAUGGCCCACCUGGGAGGCCGCACACGGAUGGCCUGGCUGCCCGUCCUGGUGGUAUCCCUGGUGUGCCCGGCCGGAGCGGAGGAUGCCACGUGUGGCGAGAACGAGUUUUACAACCAGACCACAGGGCUGUGCCAUGCAUGUCCCCCAUGCGGGCCAGGGGAGGAGCCCUACCUGUCCUGUGGCUACGGCACCAGAGACGAGGACUACGGCUGUGUGCCCUGCCCUGCUGAGAAGUUCUCUAAAGGAGGCUACCAGAUCUGCCGGCGCCACAAGGACUGUGAAGGCUUCUUCCGGGCCACGGUGCUGACGCCUGGGGACACGGAGAACGACGCCGAGUGUGGGCCCUGUCUCCCCGGCUACUACAUGUUGGAGAACCGGCCUCGGAACAUCUAUGGCAUGGUCUGCUACUCCUGCCUGCUGGCACCCCCCAACACCAAGGAAUGUACGAGAGCCACUUUGGGAGUGUCAGCCAACUUCCCCCGCACGCCCAGCAGCAGCACCCUCUUGCCACCCCAGCGAGCCCAUAAAGCAGAGCUCUCAGGCCAAGGACACCUGGCCACGGCCCUGGUCAUCGCCAUGUCCACCAUCUUCACCAUGGCCGUUGCCAUCGUCCUCAUCAUCACGUUCUACAUCCUGAAGGCCAGGCCUUCCGCCCCAGCCUGCUGCUCCAGCCCCCCAGGGAAGAGCCCAGAAGCCCCAGCCAGCGAGGAAGAGGAGAAGAAAGAGGCCCAAGACAACGUGGUGAUUUUCUCCGAGAAGGAUGAAUUCGAGAAACUGACAGCGGCUCAGGCAAAGUCUGCUAAGAGUGAGAAUGACGCCUCCUCGGAGAAGGAGCAGCUGCUAAACCGGAGUCUAGACAGUGACGAGGAGCCAGCCCCUGAGAGGCAGGGUUCCCCAGAGCUGUGCCUCCUGUCCCUAGUCCACCUGGCCCGGGAGAAGCCGGUCACUGCCACCAAGGCGGCUGGGAUUCAGAGUCGAAGGAAGAAGAUUCUGGAUGUGUACGCCAAUGUGUGUGCAGUCGUGGAAGGCCUCAGCCCCACGGAGCUGCCGUUCGACUGCCUGGAGAAGACCAGCCGGAUGCUGAGCGCCACGUACAACUCGGAGAAGGCUGUGGUCAAGACAUGGCGCCACCUGGCCGAGAGCUUCGGGCUGAAGCGCGAUGAGAUCGGGGGCAUGACCGACGGCCUGCAGGUCUUCGACCGCAUCAGCACUGCCGGCUACAGCGUCCCAGAGCUGCUCACGAAGCUGGUGCAGAUCGAGCGGCUGGACGCCGUGGAGUCCCUGUGUGCUGACAUCCUAGAGUGGGCCGGGGUCUCGCCACCCACGCCCCAGCUGCCCUCUGCAUCCUGAGGGGUGCCAGCAAAUGCACAGGCUCUGUGGCCGCAACCAAGCCUUCUCCGUUGAGCACCAGUGCCUCGGCAGGUCCGAGGACCAGGGAAACAGGCUGCCCUCUGAUCCAAGCAAAAGCCGAAGACAGCUGGACCCGUCGCCCCGUGCGCAGAAUGAGUCCAUCGAUCGAUCCAGCCACCCCUCCUCUGUGGUGGUACUCGUGCCAUGUGCACAAUUGGUGUGGGGAGGACAGAGGUGAAGGGUCUGGCCCCUGCCUGAGGGGAGAGACAGAUGUUUCCUUGGAAGAUGUCACACAACGCGAGGAUGGCUGAGGAGGGCGCAACCCCCACCUGCACCUGGAGACAGAGGAGGCAGGUCCUGGAGAAGAAGGCAGCUCCAAGCUCGGGAGAAGCUAAAAUGCAGGUCCCCCUGCAUGUACUCCUUCAGCCUAGGUGCAGUCUGAACCUUCUGCAUGUCCCUGAGGUCACCCAGAUCCCUGGACUCUUUGGGUCACAAGGAAGCCCCACUGUCACCUGCCCCACGGAUGGUCUGCAGGGUGUCCACUUGCAGCACCUGCCAGAGCCAAGGUCACUGCUGCGUGAGCCGGGCCUGGGAGCCAGGUUGCUGAACUGCCUUCCACUCUUGCCCUUGGCUGGCUUUGACCCCUUGGGCGCAAGGAUGCUUAGAGACACAGACACAGGUGGUCAGCUCUGCCUGGAAGGUGACAUAAGGACCUCCCAAGAGUCCAGCCCCAUCAAUCCAGACUCCAGAGUUCUGAGACCAGGAUGUGUCCUGAGGCACCUUCCAAAUCCAUGGGGAUGUUGGGCCACCUCAGGGCCACAGUCACGAGGCCAGGGCUCAGAGUCCAGGGACUGGACUGCUUGCACCAUCGUGGGCCUUUUCAUUCCUCCUCCCAGGCCUCAGUUUCUCUUCUGCAAAUGAGAGGUUAGGCUGCAGUUCUAAGUCAGGGAGAGUAAAGUCUGGAGACCAGAAGUGGAGCACCAGGCCUUCAAGCUGAUUCCUGUGCAGAUGUGAGGAGUCAUCAAAGAAAAGGGGAAAAAGCAGGAAAACUCAGGAUGAGGGCUUUCACAGUGACUGCAAGUGUUUGGCAUCUGUUGAGAGAGAAAGUUAACAGGCCUUGCUCUUGGCAAAUUCUCUUUCUACACCUUCUGUGGCCAAGAGCCUGGGGGCUGGGCAGUGAUCACACCAGGGAGUUAAUUUUGAGUUCCCUGCCCAGCCCCCUAAGACAGGCCUGACUGUAGUUGUUCCUAAAUUAAAACCAGUCUCCGGCUCAGAGUUCCGUUUGUGGCUCAGCAGUUAACAAAUCUGACUAGCAUCCAUGAGGA